AGAAAAACGCACGUGGCGGUUUGCAACCUCCAGAAGACAAAGCACAUGGACUUGGUCUCGACGUCCAACUUCCAUGCGACGCUGCUGCCAGGUGCACUCUCGGUUCUCUUGAUCCCGCCCGAGCGCAUCCAUGCGUGCAGCUGGGCGCUCCUCACCCUGCUCCUCUACGGCGGCUGCAGCGUCGUGUGCCGAGAAGGCGAUGCGAAUGUUAGCGCGUCGCACAUUUGCCGGUCCAAGGAAGCCGAGGUCUUCUCGAUGGUCGCCGACAAGGACGGGAUCACACUCUUCAUGGACCCGAACGGUGUCAAGGUCUUCGAGUUUGCGAAGGUGCUGGACGACAUUCACCUUGCGCCCCAGCAGUGGCGGGCGAUCCAGAUCCACUUGGGCCCGAUGGUCGCCGAGUUUCCCGGCGUCAUACGCUUUCUCUCGCAGCUGCUCGCCGAGGACAAGAUCAGCAUUCUCAACAUGAGCACCUACGAUACCGACAUCAUUUACGUCCAAGAAUGCAACUUGGAGAAGGCGAUUCACUGCCUUCAGAGCAAGUUAUCCCGCGGCGUCCACGGUCUCAAAGAGGUCAAGGACGAAGAGAACAGUCGGCGACUUAGCAGCGAAGGGUCCGAGUCACCCAGCCAUGACUCGAGCCCCUCGUCGCCGCUGGCAUUGUCACCCGUCAGCGUUGCACCUGCGUCGUCCUCCCAGUACCUCGCCGUGUACCCUGCCUCCAUGGUGCUCGUUCGCUUGAAGAAGGACGCGAUUCGUGACAGCGCCUUUGGGCUCACGCAGUUGCUCCUGACGACCAACGCGGCGGGCGUUGCCACGACGGCACGCCAGCACGCCAGCGCAUUCUGGUGCUACUGCGAGACGGCCGAGGAGAUUUGCUUGAUUUUGGACGAAGACUGCCUCAGCGACUUUUCCGAGAGUGCGGUCAUCGUGUCGCCGGACCGAUGGCGGGUCAUUACGCUCUGCGGGCGCAAGUAUGGCUUUGAGGAGACGGGUAUUGUUGCCGCCAUGUCGGGGCUCGACUCGGUGCACACGCAAGUGCUCAACAUUAGCUCGUUUGGCUCGAACGUCACCCUCGUUCUCGAAGACGCGCUGGACGAAGCCGUCGCGAGCCUCGCGGCGUCGCUGCGUCUCGAUCGUGUCGAACGUCUUUAAGAACCCCAUCGCUAUCCGUGCUAUACUAACACAUGUCUGCAGACAGAAAUGUCUUGGCUUCUAC